AUGGACCGCAUCGUCGGCCGCAAGUUCAAGCUCGGCCGGAAGAUCGGCUCCGGCUCCUUCGGGGUCAUCUACCUCGCCACGGAUAUGGACACCUACGAGAUCGUCGCGGUGAAGAUUGUGAGUCCUGUAUCCCCUGUUUCCUCUCAGCCCUGCCCUGUUCUGCCCUGUUUCAUACUUCAAUUUUCGAUUGGGUUGCUGUUGAGUAGUUGGCUCAAGUGGAGAGGUGGCAUUGCGAAUGUUAAAUGGUGUGGUGUAGAUGGGGAGGAAAAUGUUCUUAUCAUUGAUCUGUUGGGGCCGAGCUUAGAGAAUUUGUUUGUCUACUGCGGCAGAAAAUUCACCUUGAAGACUGUCCUAAUGCUUGCAGACCAAAUGCUUACAAGGAUAGAAUUUAUGCAUUCCAAAGGAUACUUGCAUAGAGACAUAAAACCUGACAAUUUUCUAAUGGGUCUCGGCCGGAAGGCAAAUCAGGUCUAUGUAAUUGAUUUUGGGCUUGCAAAAAGAUACCGGGAUUCUACUACGAAUCGACAUAUUCCUUACAGGGAACAUAAGAACUUAACUGGCACUGCACGUUAUGCAAGUAGCAACACUCACCUUGGAAUUGAGCAAAGUCGACGGGAUGAUUUGGAAUCUCUUGGCUAUGUUCUCCUAUAUUUUCUCCGAGGAAGUCUCCCCUGGCAGGGACUAAAAGCUGCAACGAAAAAGCAGAAGUAUGAGAAGAUAUGUGAGAAAAAGAUUUCGACACCUAUCGAGGUGUUAUGCAAAUCCUGUCCGGUAGAAUUUGCAUCUUACUUCCACUACUGCAAGUCGUUGACAUUUGAUCAGCGGCCUGAUUAUGGAUUCGUGAAGCGCCUUUUUCGAGACUUAUUCGACCGCCAAGGUUAUGAUUUUGAUUAUGUCUUUGACUGGACUGUUUUGAAAUAUAAACAAGGCCAAAAGACCCAGCAUGUUCCUGGGGCAACUAUUGCUCGAGCAAUCCCAGCACAUCUUGACAAACGAGCGGGUGUAAAUGGGGAUGUCCAUCCAAAUGAAGCCCAUGAACAGAUGGAGUCAAGCCAUAUGACCGGGUUAUUCCUUGACAUUAUUGACGAAAGGAUCAGGAGGCAAAAUAUGGCUGCCAGUGCCAGAAAUGAAAACCCGAAGAAUGAUGGGAAUUCAAGACAUGUAGUGUGUAUCGACGCUUUUCAUCAAAAUCAGGGUUUUGACAGCAAUACUGGCUCUCCUAGCGCUUGUUUUCCGACACUUCCGCACAAUGCCCCAGCAAGGGCAUAUAAGUAUGUUAACUACGAGCUACCACGAUUGGAAUAUGACCCUUUUGGCAUAUCAGUGCAAUAUGGCAUGAUUUCUUGCUUGGGUAGAGAAUUUCUUACUUGCUCUGCCUAG